GCAGAGUGGUUAGGAGCGGGCGUUUCCUGGCCACAAACCCAGGCGCCACAAGCGAAAGCCGCAGCACCACCACCACCGCGAAAGGAGUCGGUCCCUCGUGGCCAUCGUGAGGUGAGAGAGCCGCGGGGAGCUGAAAAAUUGCAUUAAGAGCGAGCCCAACUCACUCCCAAGUCCGCACGCCACACACUGUCCGCGGUCGUCCCACGCCUACGACCACAGCCACGCGUUCCGUAUCGACGACAGAGGUCUUCUUUAUGGUCCAUGCUAAUCCACCGGCCGACGGUGGAGCUGGAGUCGGAACCGGCCUUGACGGCGCCGGCGCCGGUGGCUCCUUCUCGGUCCAGCAUCAGGUUAGGGCCCUGGGCAUGUCGCUCACGGGCCCGGUGAGCUCCCCUGCCGGGACGUUGUCCGAUGAGGCCGCCAAGAAGAUCCGGAAGCCCUACACCAUCACCAAGUCUAGGGAGAGCUGGACCGAGCAAGAGCACGACAAGUUCCUCGAGGCGCUUCAGCUUUUUGAUCGUGAUUGGAAAAAAAUAGAAGCUUUUGUUGGCUCAAAGACAGUUAUUCAGAUAAGGAGUCAUGCACAAAAGUACUUCUUAAAGGUCCAAAAGAACGGAAAUGGUGCACAUGUCCCACCCCCUCGGCCCAAGCGUAAAGCAGCACAUCCAUAUCCACAGAAGGCCUCUAAAAAUGGCAUUGCAGCUCCUCCAUUAGCUCGACCAAUUCCAUUGCAAACUUCAUUUUUGCUUGAACGAGGCUAUGCUCUUGGGACAGAUUCAUCUUCCAAGCUCAGAAACUCUACUACAGAAGGUAUAAAGUCUGGAGGAGCUAUUGUAGUCGACAAUUGCUGUUCAAGCAGCACCGGAAGCCCUCGUGGGUCUCUACCAAAUUGUGAGAAAAACUGUCAAGGGAAUCAAGUGCCAUCACUUCGUGUUAUGCCAGACUUCAUUCAGGUAUACAACUUUUUAGGCAGUGUUUUUGAUCCAAGCACAAGUUGCCAUCUACAGAAGCUAAGGGAGAUGGAUCCUCUUGAUGUUGAAACGGUUUUACUGUUAAUGAGAAAUCUCUCUAUCAACUUGACAAGUCCUGAUUUUGAAGACCAUAUAAAGCUACUCUCUACGCAUGGUUCUGAUCUGGUGGAACCAAAACCAGCCAGUGUUGACAAUCUACUUAUCGCAAAUUAACCUUUGAAUGCCUUAUACAUGGUAAAAUAUGUAUGAUGGUCUGGCUUCCGUAGCUAUCACAUAAAAGAUGUAUUUGACUGUUCUUUAGCAUUCAAGGAAAGUUGCCAGCUCUGGAGUUGACAAAGAAGAAUAUGCCUACAUUGUUGCUGUAGGUUUCAUCCAAGAAAAAAGCCUUGCUACUGGUGUAUAUUCACAAUCUCACUGUAAGUGGCUAUGGUGAUGUUGCUCUUCUUUCUACAAAUUCCAAUCUGUGAAGGUAUUGCUAACCACACCUUCGUUCUGAGAUCUGCUUACUCCACAAUAGUCGUCUUGCGGAGCCGACGUCCCUUGUGUUGCACCCAAUGUGCUUGUGAAAUAGCCUGCGAAGACCAUCUGGUUUCAAAGCCCUCCGUGGUCGGUCUUCGUGGUGUUUGGUGAAUGUAAAAAGUUUUUUUGUACUUGGAUCAUGUUGGAUUCUCGUUUCUUAGUUUGUGGUGGUAGUUCUUCCUAUGGGUGCCACAGCAAUAUUUGCCUGUGGAAACAUCAUUAGUUUUCCUACGGAAUAUCUGUUUUUUUAUGUUACCCUAAACUUGCAGCAAUGGCCAACUAUAGGCCACAAGAAACAACCUGAAUAUUCUGACCUC